UCCCUUCCUGCUGCAUCACAACAGCCCCAGCCGCGCAUAGCUCCGUACUAGCUCCAGUGACCAGCGCACUCAGCUAAUUCAUUCAUUAAACACAUAUCCUCACUGACGGCGCUAUACUUCACCCACGACAGCGUUCCGACACGGGGGAGGAGACCGACAGGACUUGGUUGCAGUGCGAUCGCCCCGCUCCAGCUGCUGUUGGGAUAUGGCCAGGCCGGAACAGGUUCUGCUCUUGGAGCCGCAGCACGAACUCAAAUUCAGAGGUCCUUUCUCAGACGUGGUCACCACAAACCUCAAGCUCUCCAACCCCACAGACAGGAAUGUGUGCUUUAAGGUGAAGACGACAGCACCGCGCCGAUAUUGUGUGCGACCAAACAGCGGGAUCAUCGAUGCGGGAACCUCCAUCAAUGUCUCAGUUAUGCUACAGCCCUUUGACUAUGACCCCAACGAGAAGAGCAAACACAAGUUCAUGGUGCAGUCCAUGCUAGCACCUCCGGACAUGACUGACAUGGAGGGAGUGUGGAAGGAGGCCAAACCAGAGGAGCUGAUGGACUCCAAACUGCGGUGUGUUUUUGAACUGCCGGCGGAGAACGAGAAAACGCAUGACCUGGACAACAAGAUCUCGGCCAGUUUGCUGAAGUCCGAGUCCUCCGCGCUGCCUCAGAAGCUCAUGAGCUCCACCCUGGACGACGGGGAGGUGAAGAAGAUCAUGGAGGAGUGCAAGAGGCUGCAGAUGGAGGCACAGCGACUACGAGAAGAAAACAAACAGAUCCGGGAGGAUGACGGCCUGCGAAUGAGGAAGAGCAACAUGAUGUCCCAGCAUGCAUCAGUGGGCAUGAAGCGGGAGGAGGGGCUUAGCGCUCGCACCAUCGCCCUCAUCGUCCUGUUUUUCGUGCUCGGAGUCAUCGUCGGCAAACUGGUCUUGUAGAGUGUACGCAUGCUAAAAAACUACCAACUUCGACAAAAAAAUAAACACAGGAUCUGGGUUUCACUCUCUCUUUUUGGAAUCGGAAAUGCCAUAUCGAUCCGGGUGGGGGCGGUAACGAUUUUGAUUUAUUUCUGUUUAAAAAAAAAUAACAAUAAAAGAUAAUUCAAAAGGUUAUGCGAAUACGUGAAGAAAUCUACUGAUACAGUCUUGCCUCGAAGUAACGUAAUUAUAAUUUUGGCCCGAUUUUCCAAACUUGUAUGUAUAAAAACGUCUGGAUGGUCAUGAUUUUGGAUUUUCUAACACUGGCGAGGUAGUGGUGGUGCGAUUGUGUGCGAAUGUUGAUUUCAGUGUAAUGUCAUUUGUUUUUCUAAAUGACGGCCAGAGGCUAUGUACGUGUAUUAUGCCCCUUACCCCCAGCCCACUGUACAGAAUAUCCUACGAGCUACUUCCCCCUUUAAAAUGACGGGAUCUAACCAGAGAGAUGAUCACUACUAUUGGAUAACACUCGCAUAUAGGGCUAGUUCAAACUGACUUCACCAAUCAGAGGGAAAAAUCUACUUUUAUUAAGCCCAUUCAACCUGCGAAUUUGAAGUGCAAGCUAGUUAAUAUACUGUGUCUAUAUAGAUUUACCUUGGCUUAAAUAUUUCCAGGUUUGUUGCAGUAUAUUAUAUUGUUAUAAGGUGAAACUGAUAAAGUUUAUGAUCAUUUAAAUUUCUCGAUUUAAUAAAAAUAUAAUUAGCUUUGUGUUUUUCUCAAGUUGUUGGUCUAGGCUCUAAAGUUGAAAUGAAUUAAGCCAUUCAAACAUUAAUAUACAUUGGAGAAUAAUUGUGGCUGUGAAAUUUCUAAAGUUGAAAAUAUUAUAGAGGGCUAUUGAUUAAAUUGUUCAGCCUAGGUUCUAAUUUUGUUCACUAACUACUAGCACCACAUUGUCGGCCUUAUACAUUGUAUAUUUCGCGUCUUCUGCUAUAUUACAGAUUUUGCACUGCGUUUAAACAUGUGAGGUUGUGGGGUUGAUUCCCAUUCUAGCCUUCGAUAUUUCCUCGCAGUGUGACCUAAAUGUGAGCAUUGUACUGUCUGCCACUGUCUUUAACUAAACUAUAUUAACAUUUAUUGAUUAUAAAGGAACUGUAAGGUGUCUUUUCUCUAAAUCUGGCUUAUAAGGAAUUUGGUUGCGUUGCUAGCACGUGUUUAAGGUAAUUUAAAGGUGCAUUUUGGGACUUUUCUGGUGCAAUGGUCUGCCGUUUGUUUUGUCUUUUCUUUUCCUGGAAUAUUCCACAGAAUGGCAACAACCCUCUUAUGCAACUUAUAUUUAUUCAAUUACAAGUGUAUUUAGUGCAAAAAAAAGCAUUCAUAUUGUGAGUGGGUUGCUUCUCCACAGAUUUGAGCUGUAACUUGGGGGUGUAACUUUGUCACUUGACUUCAUGGGAAUGGAUAAGUAAAUACCAUACUGUGGAAUAUUCCAGGCCAAUCUAUAAUAUCAGGUGACGGACCCCCCACCUGAAAACUUUAAGACGCACUUUGUAAAAUUUCCGGUGAAGGGUUCGCCACCCAAUCGUCUCCAUGGAAAUGUUAUUGCUUUGUCUAGAAUGUUCCGCAAGGGAGAGAAGCAGGUUACAGCACUACACAACAUUACAACUCAGAUCUGUGGAGAGGCGCCCCUUUUCACUGAAGGAAUUACUGUAUUUUUGAGAAAUAGGAACGCCUAAUGUAAUGAAUAAAUGCUAGAUGAAUUUGUAUAAUGUGAUCGAACAUUCCAGGCAAAGCAAUAACAUCUCCAUGGAAACAAGCAGAUAGCGGACCCUCCACCACAAAAGUUGCGCAGUGCACCUUUAAGCUUUUGUAGAUGGCAUCGCCUUUUUUGCGUACACUUUGUUAUGUUAACUAUGAAGGAAACACAAGUAAACAGUAAUACAGUCUAGUAACUAGUUUGCACAGAUUUCCAGGACUCAGUGGGCCUAUGUAUCAAACACUACCAUAGUAUUUCCUAAUCUCGUGUCCUUUUUCCACUCACCUGUCACUCACGGCGCCCAAGCAUUUCUGGGGCCCGUUUAACUGCAUGCGUUCACAAUGAAGAGUGUUGCAUCUGGACUUUUUCAACCUAAUUUAAUGGCUUUUAUAAUAUGGUGAUAAUAAUAAAUAAAUAAAUGUCAUUUUUGGCUGUAGGUUUGCACAACUACACUUCUGAUUUUGUUUCUCUCUGUGUUUUGUUGCGUUUUUAUGAUUUUAAGUAAUUUUUGUUUGUUUUUUUUUUUUUUUUUGUCUGUCUGUCGUUAGGGUCUGAAGCAUUUAAGGAAAUAGCAGCUACAUGAAAUUAACUAGUUUAACUUUUUGAGUCUUGCCUUGUGACCUGUUUCAGCGAGUUAUUCUCAGUCCAAAAAGGAAAAGGUGGUGUGACAAAUUUGGAUUUCAAACAAAAGUUAAUUAAGUUGAUAGAUCACGAUUUGUACAAUGAAAAGAAUGAAAUACAGAGAGACCACUACAAAUGUAUUUUUAUGCGAUCAGCAAAUUUCAAAGAUUUAGCAAUGUACACAAAUUUUUGCCUGGUAAGUCUAGAAUGAUAUCUUUGUAAUUUUUUAUACAGAGUUAGAUCAGUCUGGUCACCCUCCAUCGUGUUUUGAGGCAAAGAUAAAUAAUAAUAAAGUGACGUGAAAGAGAUGCGAAGAUGUGAAACAAAAGAGCUCACUGGCCACUUACCAUUUUGAACAAAACAAAAACUUGGUUUGCUCGUGCUUGGAUUCUACAGAAAUCCAUGUUUUUGAGUCCCCUGUGAUAUUUUUGUCCUUUCUUUUUUCCCUCGUAAGCAGCCAUAUUUGUUUUGAUGUGGACAGCUCGUGCAAGCCCGUGAUUGGCUAGUUCACCUGUCAAUCACGCUUAUCUCAAAAUGGGGAGAUUCGUUGGUGGCCAGGCUCACAUCUUCAUAAAGUAUAUUCUGGAUCCCAGGCAACAUAAAUUAUCAGGUCGCUAAGUGGUCUCUUCUUUCUUCCUGAACUAGACUAAUCUUUUUACCUCCUCCCCAUCACGUCAUCUGUUUUUGUUAAUUUCAUUCUCAUUCAACCAUAUUUUAAAUGGAGGCAAAUAUGCUUUAAGCUAUUUACUGUCUAAAGUCUUAAGCCAUAUUUUUACUUUUAUUUUUACCCAUAGAUCCUCCGUUCAUUCAAAUUCACUUUAAUCUGCUUCUCUUUAGAUCUUCCAGCACCGUUUUAAACUCUUGCAAAACCACAAAACUUAGUUACUGCUUCAAGGGACCAUAUCAGCACAUUUAUGAAUAAAAUUUACCACCAAGAACAGAUUUUUAAAUAUAGUAAAAGUAUGAUUUCCAAAUUUUAAAGUCGCAUUGUGUAAGUUUUCUGCUGGAGGGCCCAUCAAAUGCUUUUCUUCAUGGAGAUGUUAUUGUUUUAUCUGGAAUGUUUCACAGCCUAAACCAGAGACUAAACCAGACCGACUGAAGUCACAGGUCAGAUCUACGGAGAGGCGACCCCGCUCACAGUUAGAACGCCUGUUUUUCUAGCUAUUUUUGAGCUAUAAAACCACCUGUAAUUGUAUAAGCGUAGGGUAGAGUUGUUUAAUGUUAUACUAUGGAACAUCUCCACAGAAACAAGCAGGGCAGGUGACGGACCCUCCAUCAAAAAAGUUACACAAUGCAGCUUUAACGUGAAUUGAAUCUGUUGCGAUUGGUUGAGGAUGACUUGCUGUUUAGAGGGAGGGCAGAGCAGUCCUGAGUAUAUACUUAUCAAACCUGCAAGUACUUUCGGAGUACUUUAACAUAUAAAAAUACCACGAAUAUACAGUUAAUUAGGAUUUGCAUUGAAUUUUCAUACCUGAUACAGCCAACCCCAGCAGUCUGGUACUCACACCAAGGAACACAAUUGUAAGGAUUUGUAACAUAAAUUGCUAACAGUUAUGGUUUCAAGCUGGUUGUAUAAUUCUCGCUGUCUCUCUGACCAUCACCGUGACCAGUGUCAAAGCAGUGGAGAGAGAAACUGUUUUGUAUGUAUAUAAAUAAAUAAAUAAAUGAGUCUAUCUGAAAGAAAGAAGAUGAAUAUUCCUAGUCAAGUAGUCUCUCUGGUGUAUAAAAACAACCCAACGACCUGGUUGGACUAUGUAGCAUCUUAAUAAAUUAAAUGAAUAAAGCCCCUUA